UUUACGCGUCGAUGAGUGCAGUUGUACCAUCGCACUUUUUCCUCUUUUAAUAAUCGUCUAAUAAUAACGUUUGUAAUUUAAAUUAACUUGUAAUCUCAUUACUUUUUUAAAAAUUUUACUUUCAAUAUGUCUAUUACCGGCCGUGCACUGCAUUUUGUGUUCAAAGUUGCGGAUAGAACACUCACCGCAAAAUUCUACCGAGAUGUCCUGGGAAUGAAGGUUUUGCGUCAUGAAGAAUUCAGUGAAGGCUGUGAAGCAGCUUGCAAUGGACCGUAUGCUAACAGAUGGAGUAAAACCAUGAUUGGUUACGGACCAGAAGACACUCAUUUUGUUGUGGAGCUCACGUAUAACUAUGGAAUAACACAUUAUGACUUGGGAAAUGAUUUCAUCGGCCUGACGAUACAGUCCAGUGAGAGUCUCAAGAGGGCAGCAGCAAAUAACUGGCCUGUAAAAGAACAGAACGGAGUCAAGUACCUAGAGGCACCUGGCGGCUACAAGUUCUUCAUUAUUGAUAAGCCACAGCCAGUUGAUAAGGAUCCUGUCGUAAAGGUGUCGCUCGCAAGUUCAAAUCUGGCCAAGUCCAUUGCGUACUGGAAUGGUCUCCUCACACUGAAGAUCUUCGAAAAAACCGACAAAUCUGUAAUCCUUGGGUUCAGCGAGGACCAAGCAAAAUUGGAAUUAGUUGAAAUAAGUGGCCCCGUGAACCGCGCGAAGGCAUACGGCCGCAUCGCCUUCGCCUGCCCAUUCGAUGUCCAGCCGAUCAUCGACAAGAAGAUCCAAGAAGCCAACGGAACCAUCCUCACACCCCUCAUAUCCCUCGACACCCCUGGAAAAGCCACAGUCAGGGUCAUCAUCCUCGCAGACCCUGACGGCCAUGAGAUAUGCUUCGUAGAUGACGAGAGUUUCAGACAACUGUCUCAAGUCGACCCCAACAGCGAUGCUGAUUUGGACAAGUUCAUCAAAUCAGACAAAUCCAGAGCAUAAUGUAUGUUAACUUUUCAGACAGCUUUUCAUGAGUAUCUUUAGCGUUUUGGAAUUUUUUUAAAUAAAACGUUUUGUUGAGCUGGAU